GCCUGCCCGCCGCCAUGCAGAGCGCGGCCCCCGCCGCCCCGCCGGCGCUGCACCUCCUCACCUCCUACUUCAUCGACGGCAUCCUGGGCCGCGGCCCCGCGUCUGGGCGGCACGGCGAGGAGCGCGCGGCGCGGCCCGACCCCGCGGAGGAACCGGCGGCGUCGGAGCGAGGGGGGCGGCCGCGCGGCGAGGCGGCGGGGAGCGGCGAGGCGCCGGCCGCGCUGAAGAGGAAGCAGCGGCGGUACCGCACCACCUUCAGCACCUUCCAGCUGGAGGAGCUGGAGCGCGCAUUCCGCAAGUCGCACUACCCCGACGUGUUCACCAGGGAGGAGCUGGCCCUGCGCCUGGAGCUGACGGAGGCCCGCGUGCAGGUCUGGUUCCAAAAUAGAAGGGCAAAGUGGAGGAAACGUGAAAAAACUGAAAUUCUGGGGCCUGUUCCAGGAAUCUCCUUAACACACCCACUUGGACUGUUUUUGGACGUUCCGCUGAGCCAUUCCCCCAUCCUCGAUCACACAUGGAGGUCGAUGCCUUUCUCAACACUGGCUGUGCCAUCCAUGUCUCCAGCCUUUACUUCUUCAACCCUAGGGCCAUUUGGCCUCAGUAGCCUUACCUGGACUUCUCUCUUCAGAAAUCCCAUCUUAAAUCCACACUUUGGAAGGUUUCUCAAUGCUUUAAAUCCUCUCAUGACAACAACUUCAGUACUCAUGAAAGCCCCCGGGCCCCCAUCAGACCCCGCUCUUACUGCCUUCACUGAUCCAGCAGCAGUUGAAAGGAAAACAUCGAGCAUUACAGCGCUGAGGCUCAAAGCGAAGGAACAUUCAGCACAAAUCCCUCAAUUAAACCUCAUCUCAAACGCUAACAAAGAACUUUGUUAGGAGCUCUCCCACGGGCUACAGCCACAGAAGGGAAUGCUUUCUCCAACAAGCAGCGCCUGUUAGAGACGUUUAAAAAAGAAGGAUAACACAUGCACCCAGCUGCAGUCCCUCCACCUGUAAUGGACAAAAUGGAAUGGGCAACAAGGAAAUAACCUUGCUAAAAAUUGUUUUCCUUCAUCACAGUGUGAAAUCAUGAAGCAAGUUGACUUUUUUCAUCAUUUCUACCUACAAUUUCUGGCAGUACAGAAAAAAAACAGGAACUGUCUCAUCCUUAUAACUCAGGCUGAUGUGAAACUGAAGCUGUGAAAUCCCCAAAGUCACUGGAUGCUGGUUCAAGGAUUCAGAAUUCUUUGUAGGAAUAACUUCGGUCUUAGAAGUGAUUCUUAACUCAUUUCUCAGGAGGAACUCUUACAUACAGAACGUAAGAACUGGUACAUAGUAUGUUCUUCACUUGGAAACCAUGCUUCACGUUGAAGUACAGAUGCCAGUGAAAUCUCGCAUGUUAGGCUUAGCAGGAAGGAGCUGUCAAGUAUUUUCAAUAUAGUCUUUUGAUUCAGAACCAGGUUUGUAUAAAGCAUUAUCUUGUUUUAAACUUAAAAAAAAAUGUUUAUGUUCAGUGGCAGUGGUUAAUAAUUAAAAAAAUCCUUUGUGUAUGAAAA